AUGACACCUGCUACACCACCAAGAUCGAGAAGUACGAGAUACUCGAGGGACUAUGAAGGUAUAGGGUCAUUUUUAGCUACACCACGUCGACAUAUAGUGGAGGGUGGGCCUAAUGGGGGACUCAUUACGCCAGGUACGGUUUCUGGGAAGCCAAUAAUGAUGGUUAGUGGAGCUCAAGCGUCUGAUUUGAAGUUUCAGGAAGAUAUUAGGUCACCUGUGAGGUGCUUUAAGUCCCCAGAAUAUACUCCGAGACAUGGACAAGGUUCGAGGAGGCGGUCUAUAGCUCAUGAUACGGAUCUAGCUAGUACUAGCCGUAUUCUGUUUCCAAUGGAGCUAACUGAAGGGCUUAUACCGUCUGCUAGACUGGGUAGGAAUCCGAUUGGGAGUUGUCAGCAGUCUGUGCCGAAUUUGCUUCCUCCGAAGAGCGCCGGAGUGUUUAGUUCUGGCGUAGAAGAGGAGUCAGGCGAUAGCGAGAGUGAUGAGGUAAAAGAGAGUGGCACUAGAGAGCUGGAACAGGAGUCUUGCUCCUAUCCAGUGCACACGCGAAAAUAUGCGAAGCAGGUGCCUGGUACUCCAACUGACAAGGUCAUUACGUUCCAGCUUGCUAAAGAUUGGAACAAUAAUUCUGCAUAUAUGUCUUCUGAGGAAGACGACGGACACGAGGAUGUUAAUAUAAAGAAAGUCGAAAUACCUAAUAUCUUUCUAACGAACGAAGUUACUAGUGUAGAGGUAAGGAAACAUCGCAGAGAGCAGCUUCUGAAGGAAAAUCCGAAUUUGGAUAAGUCUGUGACGUUAGUUAACAAGAAGGGUGUUGUCGUUGGCAGCAGGCAAUUAACACCAGAGGAGAUAGAAAUAUGUAAACCUAAGAUGUUGUUUGAGAAGGAACUAGAAGAGCAAAGGAAGGCAACUUCAGUUGACAAAUAG